UGAAGCAGCAAAAACCGUCGUCUGUCUGGUUCUUAAACAAUUUUCCUUCCUUUUUCCCAUCAAACUGUUCGGAUCGGGUUGUUUCGAAUUGCGCUUGGGUUGCGGAGGAAAAUGGGCCUCGGUGGAUAGUUUUUUCACGUGCGGAUUUUUCGGGUUUUUAGGGUCGGAGGUAAAAAGUGUAGGAUUUUUGCACAUCGUGACCGUGAACUUUUUUUUUGUUCGCACGGUUGAAUCACGGCCAGGCGUCACAAAUCUGGGAUACAGCAAGGUGGAUUACCAGUGCGAAUGGAAAAUGUGGUUUCUUUGAAAGGUGCAUAAAAUUUUCGGGCGACGGACGACGUUUGGAAGACUAGUUUGGAGUGCCAAAAAGGGAUUUGGGGAAUUUUCAAGUGCCAGUUCCAGAUCAAAAAUCAUCUCCCACCAAAGCGUGCAGAGAGGCCACGGAAAAAAAGUGAUGAAUUUUUCCGCCUUUGGGGGUCCCUUUUCCGGGAUCCAUCAGUUUGCGGCCAAAUUCGGCAGCAACGAUGGUGCCUUUACCAGUACCAAUCAAGCAAAUGGCGCCGUUGGCCUGGCGGCGCUUGGAACCGUGGCCAGUCUGGGACAGCAGCAACAACCCCAGCAGCAAACCCCCCAACAGCAGCAGCAACAGCAACAACAACAGCAGCAGCAGGAUCUUAAUCGAUACCAUGCGGCGGCCAACGGGAAUCAUUUUAAUCAGAACACUACCUCAAUGGUCAACACUACGAUGUCCUACGGUCAAAACAUUUCCAUCCCGUAUGGUCAACAGCCACAAACUACAGCCGAACAUGCAGUCUCCUUUACCACGAAUGCCAACAUGCAGGACCAAAACAAGUUGAAAAAUACCACGAUCAAAAUCGAUCGAGACGAAAUGAUCAAUCAACAGAUUCUACAGAACGUUAACCAAUCCUGGCAGACGCUGGCAAAUCCCACCAAUACGGUAGACUAUUCGUCACACUUGCUAUCGGCGACUCUGCCAAUCUCAAUCCAACACUUCUUGAAAUACUCGGAAUCGAUCAAGAAGGAAACGAAUGGCGUAGGAUCGGGGUUGUCUUCUCCGGGACCGCUAAGUGGACUGAUCGGUGUCGAAACGAACGCGUUUAACGUGCAGAAAGACUUGCUUAAUCUGAAGAACGGAUCCAACUUGAACUUGGCGUUGGGAAAUGUUGCGGUCAGUGCUGCGGCCGCUAGCUUAGGUUUGAACCACCAACACUUGACUCAUCAUGCCAACAAUCAUCAGGACAACAGUCAUGCCAACUACGGGAACGUUAAUCAGCUUCCGAUCGUUCCCAACAACGUAACCACCAAUGGCCAAAUGCAAACCAUGACCCAACCUCAGCAGCCUGCCAUCAACGGAGGAGUGGCACCGGCAGCAGUCAAUGGCCAAAUUGCUCCCACCACAAAUGGAACGAAUGUCAAUGCCACUGAAACAACAACCACCACCACGACCACCGGAUCCAAGAAGGGCAAACGAGGCAAGGGCAAACGUCCCAAGAAGGAAAAGAAACGUAAACCACCGAAGGAGAAGAAACCGCGCCCCAAACCGGGUCAGAUCCGGGAAACGAAGGCCCUUGAUGGGUCACCACUGUUUUGCUGUCCCGAGUGUCAGAUGGCCUACCCGGAGCGGGGUCUUAUCGAGCAACAUGUGGUUUCACAUGCCGUCGAGAGACGGUUCGUGUGCGAUAUUUGUCACGCCGCGCUGAAGCGAAAGGAUCACCUGACGCGCCACAAGCUUUCACAUAUACCGGACAGGCCGCACAUAUGCAGUGUAUGUUUGAAAUCGUUCAAACGCAAAGAACAGCUAACGCUACAUAUUGUGAUCCACACCGGUGAGAAGAAACACGUCUGCCAGGAGUGUGGGAAGGGAUUCUACCGGAAGGACCACCUGCGCAAGCACACCCGAUCGCACAUAGCCCGCCGGGUCAAGUCGGAAAUGUCUACCCAGGCAGGAAACAGUACCGGAACCACCACCGGAGGAACGACCGGAACCACAACUAGCACCACCAACAGUAAUGCCCUGAACAAUUCGGCCCUCGCUUCGUCGUUGAUGGCCACCAACAUGCAGGGAGCACCGGUGACCGCAUCCUGAGCCUCGUACAAGGACUUUUGGUAAGGUGUAGGCUGUUCUUCGCGAUUCCCGGUCACAACUGGGAUCCGUUAGUACUCGGGCCUAGCUCUAAUGGGGGUUGAAUCACUUGGAGGAAGUUCUGAUCGGUCGAGGGUCGAGGUGAUAUCAAUUUUUAAUUUGUUAACGCAAACAGUUGAUUGAUUGUUUUACAAUAGCAAAUAGGGUAAUGUUACGAAAAAUGACUUCCGUUUUCUACAAUUUAAAUAGCACAAUUUCUCCUACACAACACUCAAUAUCCCACAACACAAAUAGCACAGAUUUACAUACAAGUUUUACAGAGUACAACAUUAAAAACAACAACCAAUAGCAAACCUUCUUUCUUCUCCUCGUCGAUGCUAUGAAUUCAAAUUUGAUCCUUAUUGCGCUACUUGAGGGAACGCCGUUUGGAAACCUUACUGGAAAGUCCAUAGUUUUUAACCCGGUCGAAGCUGGGAAAUGAGCUGAACUCUCAAUUCCAUUCGACCAACAAUCUUGGUUUGAAAACGAGUUUUUCUAAACUAAUUCUAUAUAUCUAUCGCCGAUUAAGACGUUUUAAGAAAUAUCUAAGUUAUUAUACGAGUUAAAAGUUAAGAGAAUCCCAUAAAUUGUACUAACUUAAAGUUAAAAUCCCUCUAUUGUGAUGACAUCUUUAAAUCUAAAGGAUAAUGUAAAACGAUAACGUUCUCGCCACAAUAAACGAUCGUUUUGCGUUUAAAUGUGCAAUCUGACCUGACACCUGAAACUCUCCACCGGUUUUUUGCAUCAUGAUAUCAAUACGUGCUGGAUUUAUAAUCGAUAAUAGUACUAAGUCCACAGCUUUUUCGGUUUUGAACCACUUUUCUCAACACUGU